CCCUGGUGGCGGUGGUGGUGCCCGACACUCGGGGUGGCAUGGCCGAGGUUGGUGGAGCCGGGACACCCGUGCCACCACCACCCCCACCACCACCACCCCAGCACGGUUCCCCGGGGGUCGUGGCCACCGCUGCUGCCACCACCGCCGCCGCCGCCGCCGCCGCCGCCGCUGCCGCUGCUGCAGCCGCCGGGGGCUCAGCUGCCUGCGGACCAGCGACCGCGGUGGCGGCGGCGGGGACAGCCGAAGGACCGGGAGGUGGCGGCUCGGCCAGGAUCGCCGUGAAGAAGGCGCAACUGCGCUCCGCUCCGCGGGCCAAGAAACUGGAGAAACUCGGGGUGUACUCUGCUUGCAAGGCUGAGGAAUCCUGCAAAUGUAACGGCUGGAAGAACCCCAACCCCUCUCCCACUCCCCCCAGAGCUGACCUUCAGCAGAUCAUCGUCAGCCUGACAGAAUCCUGCCGGAGCUGUAGCCAUGCCCUUGCUGCUCAUGUCUCCCACCUGGAGAAUGUUUCAGAAGAAGAGAUGAACAGACUCCUGGGAAUUGUGCUCGAUGUGGAGUAUCUCUUUACCUGUGUCCACAAAGAGGAAGACGCAGAUACCAAACAGGUUUAUUUCUAUCUUUUCAAGCUCUUGAGAAAGUCUAUUUUACAAAGAGGAAAACCUGUGGUAGAAGGGUCCUUGGAGAAGAAGCCUCCGUUUGAAAAGCCCAGUAUUGAGCAGGGAGUGAAUAACUUUGUACAGUACAAAUUUAGUCACCUGCCACCCAAAGAGAGGCAGACAAUCGUGGAGCUGGCCAAGAUGUUCCUCAACCGCAUCAACUAUUGGCACCUGGAGGCUCCGUCCCAGCGACGGCUCCGCUCUCCCAACGAUGACAUUUCUGGAUACAAAGAGAACUACACAAGGUGGCUGUGUUACUGCAACGUGCCACAGUUCUGUGACAGCCUACCUCGGUACGAAACCACCAAGGUAUUUGGGAGAACGUUGCUUCGCUCUGUCUUCACCAUUAUGAGACGACAACUUCUGGAACAAGCCAGACAGGAGAAGGACAAACUGCCUCUUGAGAAACGAACUCUAAUCCUCACACAUUUCCCAAAGUUUCUGUCCAUGUUGGAAGAAGAAGUGUAUAGUCAAAACUCUCCCAUCUGGGAUCAGGAUUUUCUCUCAGCCUCUUCCAGAACCAGCCAGCUAGGAAUCCAAACAGUGAUCAGUCCGCCUCCUGUGGCUGGAGCAGUUUCAUAUAAUUCAAACUCCUCUUCCCUUGAGCAGCCCAAUGGAGGCAGCCCAAGUCCUGGCUGCAAAGCGACUUCUGGGCUGGAGGUGAAUCCAGGUGAAAAGAGGAAAAUGAAUGGCUCUCACGCUCCGGAGGAGGUCAAGAGACCCCGAGUGAUGGGGGAUAUUCCUAUGGAAUUGAUCAAUGAGGUCAUGUCCACCAUCACAGACCCUGCAGCGAUGCUUGGACCAGAGACCAACUUCCUGUCUGCACACUCGGCCAGAGACGAGGCGGCGAGGCUGGAGGAGCGCAGGGGCGUGAUUGAGUUCCACGUGCUGGGCAACUCCCUGAGCCAGAAGCCCAACCAGAAGAUCCUCAUGUGGUUGGUUGGCCUGCAGAACGUCUUCUCCCACCAGCUGCCCCGGAUGCCCAAAGAGUACAUUACCCGGCUGGUCUUUGACCCGAAACACAAAACCCUCGCUUUAAUCAAAGACGGCCGUGUCAUUGGUGGUAUUUGUUUCCGGAUGUUCCCAUCGCAGGGAUUCACAGAAAUUGUUUUCUGCGCUGUGACCUCCAACGAGCAAGUAAAGGGCUAUGGAACCCAUCUGAUGAAUCAUCUGAAAGAGUAUCACAUAAAGCACGGCAUCUUGAACUUCCUCACCUACGCAGACGAGUACGCCAUUGGGUACUUCAAGAAACAGGGUUUCUCCAAAGAAAUUAAAAUACCUAAGACCAAAUACGUUGGCUACAUCAAGGACUAUGAAGGAGCCACACUCAUGGGAUGUGAGCUGAAUCCUCAGAUUCCGUACACAGAGUUCUCAGUCAUCAUUAAGAAGCAGAAGGAGAUCAUUAAAAAGCUGAUAGAAAGGAAACAGGCCCAGAUUCGCAAAGUCUACCCUGGACUUUCAUGUUUUAAAGACGGAGUUCGACAGAUUCCUAUAGAAUGCAUUCCUGGAAUUAGAGAGACAGGCUGGAAACCGAGCGGAAAAGAGAAAAGAGAAUCCAAAGACCCUGACCAUCUUUACAGCACUUUCAAGAACAUCCUGCAGCAGGUGAAGAACCACCAAAAUGCCUGGCCCUUCAUGGAACCCGUGAAGAGAACAGAAGCUCCUGGAUAUUAUGAAGUUAUAAGAUUCCCCAUGGAUCUGAAGACCAUGAGCGAACGUCUCAAGAACAGGUACUACGUGUCUAAGAAGCUGUUCAUGGCAGACUUACAGCGUGUGUUCACCAACUGCAAGGAAUACAACCCCCCUGAGAGCGAGUACUACAAGUGUGCCAGUACCCUGGAGAAGUUCUUCUUCAGCAAGAUCAAGGAGGCUGGGUUAAUUGACAAGUGAUCCCCCCCGCCCCCCCGCUUCUUAGAAACACAUCAUCCGUGUGCCUGACCAAGGUGGCAUCAUUUUCUUUCUUUUUCUUUAAAGAAUUGGGCAUAAUGUGUUGAAGAGACUCAAUGUUUUAGCACUUUGGAAAAAGAAAACCCUCCUUUCAGUCUUUCAGAUCCGUAUUUAAAUGGAAGUUGUAGAACAUUCUUAUUUCACAGAGUAGAUCUUAGUCUACUCACUCCCUUCAUGUACAUUUCCUAUGGCAUGCCCCGUAGCCAGCUGUCCCUCAGUAGAUGACCAGCGUUUUCCCUAACAACCUUACAUGAGAACAUUGCACAGAGUACCUAAGAUUUGGGGGGAAUCUAGACAAUUCUCAAACCGUGAAUGUUUCCAUUUUGUUUUCCUCUAAUGGAAUGUGAAAGUUUAUUUGUAUUUUAUUCUGAAGGACUUGAAGGAAGGGAUGCGUGAGAAGCCUGUAAGGGGCGAGGUGUGUGAGGAUGUCUCGCUGUAGACUUUUUAUAGUUAUAUUUUUCAAACACUCAUCUAGUGAGGUGCUUGGAGCAGCUGUGAACAGUGCAGUUUCCCCCACAAGCAGCUGCCUUGGCUCCUGUGGAGAAGGGAAUUCCAUAAUGUAAACUUUUUAUAGGCAUCUGGGCUGUUGAUCAUACUGUCCACCUACCCCACACUUGCAAGUGCGUAACCACUGUUUGAAUCUUUCUUGACACAAGUGUGUGGUGUUACUUAUGCAGGCCAUAAGUUCCAAAAAAGAGAAAUCAUUUUCCAGGCCACCAAGGCAGAAACUUGAAAACACUUGGGAUAGAGUCAACAUGCUUUAAUAGGAACAGACAUGUGGUCUGUAUUUGUAUCCAUUGGGUGUUCUAGAAUAUAUUAAUUGUUUUUGGUGAAUUAAAUUCCCACUGGGUUUUAUUGUCAGUAUUUUAACACCUAAGUUGCUGCAUAGGUCCAGGGUUAUAUCCCACUAAAAUCCACCAUAUAGUCUUAUUAACUAACCUGUCUUAGGGCUCCAGCCUAAGUGCACGGAUUUAUUUCCUGAUAACACUACAUAGAGAAGUGGGACAUCUUCCAGACCCGGACUCCGGAAAAGCAGCUCCUAUCCACCCAUACCAACGAGGGCCAUUUUGACGGUCUUGACACUAAUUUUUAUGACGCAAAUUUCUAAACUGAUUUUUGUACUGGACAAAGGUUUUAAAACUAGGUUUCACGUAUGUUUUCUAUCAGCAUAAAUCAAAAUGGGUCACUAAAAGUCAUUCAAGACAACUGCCAGAGAUAGUCUGUGGGAAGGAAAAAUAGAACCUCCCAGCGGUUCUCUUCAAAUAGGAGUUGUUUCUGACAUGCAAGAGCUGUUUGGGCUGAAAAGACCUCAGCUUCUGUAAGUGUAAGAGCUCCUUGCAUGGUGUCUAGACUUCAUGAAGAAUGAUACAGUUUGUAUUAAGUACUUUGGACUGGCUUUAAACAGCCAUGUCCUGGAUUUGCCGAAGUGUCUCUCCGGCUUGGUAUCCUGUGAAAGUUUGUUAUUUUCGGGGUAGACAUUCUUAUAGAAUAUUGUCUUAAAAAAAUCAGAUGGUCUCUUCUAUAUUGAAAGCAUUUUUAUGUUUUCUAAUUUAAAAUUUAAUAUUUUCUUAUAGAUACCGUGCAAUAAAGCUGAAGUAGAAUGUGUGGUUUUUUGCAAAUGCUUUAA